GAGUGGCAUCUUUCGGUCCACUUCCCCAUUUGCUCCAGACAAAAAGGUUAACGCUUUAAGGUUGCAUUUAGUGUUCUCUUCUCUUGUAGCACCACACUCACAACAUGGGAAAUUUGGCAGCCAACGAGGGACUCUCCAUCUUUGUCAUUCUGGUUUGGCUCGGGAUUAACGCCUUCCUCUUCGUCCAUUUUUACAUGGCCUUUCUGGUCGAAAAAUGGUUCUACACACGUGUGCUGCUCGGGCAUGCUCUUUCAUGGGCCCGGGCUCCAGCCGCCUGCCUCAACUUUAACUGCAUGCUCAUCCUGCUUCCCGUCUGCAGGAAUCUACUCUCAUUCAUGCGUGGCUCCAUCCAGUUCUGCAGCCGCACAGCCGCUCGGCAGCUGGACCGAAACAUCACUUUCCACAAGCUGGUGGCAUAUAUGAUUGCCUUUCACACAGCUGUGCAUAUCAUUGCACAUUUGUUCAACUUUGAGUAUUUCAUGGACGCUCAGCUAAACCGCAACAGCAGCCUCCUGCCCUUCGUUCUCUCUGAAUUUGGCAAUGACGACAAUGCGUCCUUCCUCAACCCCAUCAGGUCCAAUGAAACGAACCCAACCAUCGUCAUGUUUACAACCAUCGCUGGUGUGACAGGCGUGGUUAUCACGCUGGCCCUCAUCCUCAUCAUCACCUCAUCCAUGGAGGUCAUCCGCCGAUCGUACUUCGAGGUGUUCUGGUACACCCAUCACCUUUUUGUCCUCUUCUUCAUCGGGCUGGUAUUCCACGGCUUUGGGCGGAUAGUGCGAGGACAGACAGCCGCCAGUCUGACAACAAAUGACCCACAGUUCUGUGCGGAGCAGUUUGAGCACUGGGGAAAAAAUGGAACAGACUGUGCGGUUCCAGAGUUUGCUGGGAACCCACCAAUGACUUGGAAGUGGAUCGUAGGACCCAUGAUUCUUUACAUAUGUGAGAGGCUUGUUAGAAUCUACCGAUCUCACCAAAAAGUUGUCAUUACUAAGGUGGUGAUGCAUCCCUCCAAAACUCUGGAGCUGCAGAUGAAGAGGAAAGGUUUCCACAUGGAGGUGGGCCAGUACGUCUUUAUCCAGUGCCCAUCUGUCUCCAGGAUGGAGUGGCACCCUUUUACCCUGACCUCGGCCCCAGAGGAGGACUACUUCAGUGCCCACAUUCGAAUUGUUGGGGACUGGACUCAGGCGUUGUACGAAGCCUGUGGAGGAGACAAAACGGAACCUCAGGAGGCCUGGAAACUGCCAAAGAUGGCCAUCGACGGGCCAUUUGGCACUGCCAGUGAGGACGUGUUUCGAUACGAAGUGGUCAUGCUGGUGGGGGCCGGAAUCGGGGUCACACCUUUUGCAUCCAUCCUCAAGUCUGUGUGGUACAAACGUAUCCAGAACCGGGAUGUCUUCACCAAAAAGAUCUACUUCUACUGGCUUUGUCCGGAGACACAGGCCUUUGAGUGGUUUGCGGACUUGCUCCAGUCGCUGGAGAGCCAAAUGGCGGCGAAGAGUGUGACUGACUUCCUGAGCUACAACAUCUACCUAACCCGAUGGAAGGAGGCAGAGGCGGCCCACUUCUGGGUGCACCACGAGGCAGAGAAUGACCCAAUCACGGGACUCAAGCAGAAAACUCUUUAUGGGAAGCCUAACUGGGACACUGAGUUUACCAGCAUUGCGUCCAAGCAUCCCGGAACUAAAGUUGGGGUGUUUCUGUGUGGGCCACCACAGCUGGGCAAGUCUCUGGAGAAACAGUGUUUGUCACACUCAGAAGCAGAUGUCAAGUUCAUCUUUAACAAAGAAAACUUUUAACAUGCAAAUCGACACCUGGGUUUAAAGUCUUAAAGAUGUGCUUUGACAUGCCUGUGAAUAUUCUUAUUCACCCUGGUUAUUAUAAUAACGAGUCAUUAAAUCGAUCUAAACUAGA